GCGGAGGGCUGCGGAGGGGGGGGAAUGGAGAUGGGGCUCGGGCGACUCGUGGCACCUUAGGAACAAACAGCUGCAGGAGCUUACAUGUCAAAAGCGCUGAAGCUGGGGGGCAAUGAGGCGCUAGCUCUUCCCGUCUGUAGAGUUCACCCUACAGAGAGAGAGGGGGGCGGUUAGGGGAGGGGGGGACUGAUGACGGCCUCGUUGGGCGACACGUGGCUUACAGGGGUCAAGAAGGUGUGCCAGAGCUCGCGUGUCAAUAACGUAAACGCUGGGGGGCAUUCAGGCGUUCGUUACUCUCGUUUGUGGAGUUUACCCUGCACAAGGGAGAGAGUGGAGGGGGGUGAGGGGCGGAGGGGGCCAGCGGACGACCUCCUUGGGCGACACGUGGCUUGCUGGGGAGAAGAGCCUGCAGGUGCUUACGUGUCAACAACGCUGAGCGCUAGGGGCAUUCUGUUUCUUGUAGUUUUCGUCUAGGGGUCACCCUGCGGAGAGAGGCUGGGGUGGGUUGGGCGCGGAGGAGGGGGAGACUCGGAAAGGAGGGAAGCGAGGCCAUAUCGACACGUGGCAUGCUGAGAAGGCAUUGGCUCUAAAAGGGGAUAUAAGGAGAAGCCGGCUGGGCAAAGGGUUGCUCAGGGUGCGGAGGUGAGUUGCAGGUCGGUGUGGUCAUUAUGGAAGAGGCCAGCCUUCCUGUCAUUCCGCGCCGAGCCCUUGGCUCGCAGGGCAUGAUGACGUCAGCACAAGGGUUGGGGUGCGCGGGUUUAACCGGGUUCUAUGGGGAGCCGCGGCCCGAGGAGGAGAUGGUGAAGCUGAUCCGUCAUGCUGUCGACCUCGGGCUGACGUUCUUUGACACGGCGGAGUUGUACGGACCGUACACGAACGAGCUUCUGCUGGGAAAGGCGCUGUCUCCGAUCCGGGACAAAGUCGAGAUCGCUACCAAGUUCGGGAUGAUGUUCGAUCCCGACAAGGGGGUGGUGGUGAACGGCUCCCCGGAGUAUGUGCGCGCAGCGGCGGAGGCUUCGCUCAAGCGCUUGCAGACUGACUACAUCGACCUGUACUACGCGCACCGCAUCGAUCCGACGGUCCCGAUCGAGGUGACGAUGGGGGAGCUGAAGAAGCUGGUGGAGGAGGGGAAAGUGAAGUACCUGGGGCUGUCGGAGGCCACGGCGGAGACCAUCCGCCGCGCGCACGCCGUUCAUCCGAUCACGGCAGUGCAGCUGGAGUGGUCGCUGUGGGAGCGCGGGGUGGAGCCGGAGAUUGUACCCGUCUGUCGGGAGCUGGGCAUCGGGAUCGUGGCGUACAGAGCGCUCGGUUGCGGCUUCUUCUCUGGCCAUGCGAUGGAGGAAAAACUGGACAAGCUGUGGAAGAACGACCUCCGGCACAGCGACCCCAGGUUUCAGCAGGCGGACAAGAACAGAGUCUUCUACGAGAGGCUCAAAGCCAUGGCGGACGCGAAGGGCGUCAAGCCAGGCCAGCUGGCGCUCGCAUGGGUGCAUCACCGCGGGAACGACGUCUUUCCGAUCGCCGGGACCACCAAAAUCGGCCACAUGGAAGACAACAUCCGAUCAGUGGCCAUUGCCCUCUCCAAAGAAGAGAUGGAGGAGAUGGAAGCCGCCGUGCCCGUACAGGAGGUAACGGGAGAGCGUUAUGGCGCGCAAGUUAUGUCGAGCUCCUGGGAGAAGGCGCAGCCAGCGCAGACGCCCCCGCUAGACACGUGGCUUGCCAGUCGUCAAGCUACUAAUUAGCACUCGGUGCCUCAUCAUCAUCAUCAUCGUCAUCAUCAAUCACCUAAUCGGAGGAAGGGCAAGGAAUACAGGUUGGAGAGAGGGAGACGACCAGGCAUGUGUCUCUAAUCGGACUCAUCAGAAAUCAAAGGGCCAGUUGGGGGGGGGGAGGGGGAGGGUAAUGAUCACACGGAGGGUGGACGUCGUUCAGAGACAUGCCGACUGUGCCGCUCCUCCAGAUCUCCAUCUUCGUCACAAGGGGGGGUGAUGAUCACACGGAGGGUCUAGGAGGCCGACGUUGACGAGAGCGGGACGAGAGAUGCAGCUGUUUCUGGCACAGAAAGGAAGGGGGCCGGGAGAAGGGGGUAGAGGGUAGGGGGAGGGGGGAGGGGUUAGGGAGGGUAUAGAUCAGACGGAGUAUGAACGUCGUAGAGACAUGUCGAGUGUGCAGCUCGCCCAAAUUCCCCUGCCGCUCCGCCAACUACGCAUGGACGCCACUGUGUCAAAAUGGGGCCGACAUAUGACGAGAGAUGAACGAGAGAUGCAGCUUUUUUUUUUUCUGGCGAAGAUACGUGGGGGGAGGGGAGGAGGGGGGAGGAAGGAAAUAAAGAGAAAAUGACACG